AUGAUCAAAGCUUGUUUACUCAAAGAUGAAUACAUUAAAUCGAUUCAGAUAUUCAAAGACAUGUUGAGAAAUGGCAUUUGUCCUGAUAAUUACACACUUCCUUAUGUGCUAAAAACAUGUGCAAAGAUGAAAAGAUUGGAUCUUGGGGAGUUGAUUCAUGGGUAUUGCUUGAAAUUGGGUUCCUUGUUUGAUAAUUAUGUGGGCAAUACUAUGAUUCUCAUGUACUCUGCUUUUGAUGAUAUGGAAGCAGCAAAAUGUGUGUUUGAUGAGUUUUCUUGGCAUCGUGUUGUUUCAUGGACAGUUUUGAUUUCUGGGUAUGCUAAAAUUGGGGAUGUUUACACAGCAAGAUUGGUUUUUGAUGAAGUUCCAUUGAAGGAUUUUGGGUGCAAUGAUUUUAGGUUGGAGAAGGAACUUGUGACGAGGCUCGACAUAACAUUUCUAGUUAUGCAUGUAAAAGUAAGAAUUCCUAUUGUUCUGCACCCGAUAAUGGUUAUGGGUAUCGUUGUCAUUGCCAGGAAGGUUAUGAAGGAAAUCCAUACCUCUAUGAUGGCUGUAAAGAUAGAUACUGAUGAAGGAGAAACUCAGAACCGCACUUCAAUAAUGAAAUAG